CUGAGACGUAAGGCGAGAUAUCGGCUUUUAUUGACUGGAGGAAGGAACAAUCAGUGAGUGACCACCAUACUACAUCCUGGAGACUGAGAGGCCGGGCUCAGGCCUUGAUCUCCUUCAUACAGGGGCCUGUGGGAGGAGCCACAGGAGCAGUCAGCAGGGGGCGUUUCCAGACAGGUAUAUGUAGUUCACCACAUUGACAUGCUACCAAAAACUUUGACAAACUUCUAUAGGUGCCCAGUGGAGGGAAUCCUAACUGGUUGCACCAUUGCUGGGUGUGGAAAAGUCGAUAGAAAGAGGUGGAAACAGUCCUGUCAAUCACAUGCCAAAUCCUCGCCACCACUGCGCACAUUUACAUGCAUCCAUACCAAGGACCCCACCGUUCAGGCUAUUCCCUGCUCUCACAACUACCAUCAGGCAGGAGGUACAGGAGCCAUAGGUCCCACACAAUCAGGCUCGGAAACAGUUAUUACCCUAAAGCCACCAGGUUCCUGAAAUGACAUGGAUAACUUCACUCACCACAACUCUGAACUGAUUGCAUGACCUAUGGUCUCAAGUUCAAGGGCCCUACAACUUAAGCUUACGGUAUUCUUUUGUAUUUGUGAUGCACCAUCAAUAAGGUGAGACGUAAGGCGAGAUAUCGGCUUUUAUUGACUGGAAGAAAGAACCAGGAGUGAGUGUCUAUCAUACAAGGUCUUGGAGACUGAGGCCGAGCGUCAGGCCGCAGAUCUCCUUCAUACAGGGGCCUGUGGGAGGAGCCACAGGAGCAGUCAGCAGGGGCGUGUCCCGUCAGGCACAUAGUUCACCACAAUUUGCACAAUUUAUCUCCUUUUGCACAUUGCUGGUUUGGCCAUCUUUAAGUAUGUACAGUGUAUGUUUCCAUAAAUUCAAUUGUAUUUCUUUAUUUACCUGUAAAUGUCUGCAAAAACUUGUCUCAAGGUCGUGCAGUAUAUGGUAACAUAGUCAUACUUCAAUACUAAGUUUUCCUUGACUUCGUUGUGCCUUCUGGACCAGUGGGAUAGUUCACAGGACUGUGAAACUGUCACCGCUCUAUUCCCACGUUGAUACUGACCACCCGAGCCCGUGAUUCUCUGUUAUGCGGUUCCCAGCAUUUCUCUCUCUGGAGCAGUGUGUCCUCCUGUCGGCACACUUGACGUCUCUUUCACUGUUUACGGAGGGAUCUGUGCAGGAUCGGGUGAAUGUGAAACUAAACUAACGCCGGAAGUUUGCACUCAGUACGGGCAACUUGUGGGAACAGAACGAAACAAGUUACCGUCCGCCUGACUAUUCAGCACGACCUUGUCACCAACAGACUCUUGAACACCGGGUAAAGUCAGACCUCGGGGUUCGCGACCGAGCCGGGAAGCCUUCCGCUUUUCUAAGGGCGCUGGCCUCGGACCUGAAUCUGAUGCGCAUAUCCGUGACUGCGAGGCCGACAUUUUAUGAGCGCUGACAUUUUAAACGUUUAUUUCACAGAACAACACCACCCCCUCUGCCUUCCUGCCUGUCCUUCCGAUACGGUGUGUAUCCUUGGAUAUUAAGCUCUCAGCUAUAAUCUUCUUUCAGCCACGAAUCCAUGAUAUCUACAGCAUCAUACCUGCCAGUCUGCAACUGUGCUUGUGAAAUAAUAGAGUGUGAGAAAUAACUUCACAAUCAGAGGGAGAUUUCCAAAUCAGGGAGGCUGAGGAAGAUCAGGAGAGCAUCAUCCCUCGUAUGGAGAUAACCUGUACGAAGACAAAGAGGAGACCCGAGCCCCCAACCUCUCUUCCUGUUUGGUGCUGGGGUUACUGGAUUGUCACACAGGCCACACCGUGAGAAACAGUGAUGAAGAAUGGAAGGAGCAAGCUGUAGGAGAUAACCUACACGAGGACAAAAGACGAGACCCAAGGCCCAAAAUACUCUUCCUGUUUGGUGCUGGGGUUACUGGAUUGUCACACAGGCCACACCGUGAGAAACAGUCGUCAGAAAUGGGAGGAGCAAGCUCCAGUCAACAGGUGGCUGAGGCUGAGAAUGCCACAUUCUUCACAAAGGACGAGCUCAACAAACUGAAGUCAGACUUUGAAACAGGUGGGGUGAAUAAAGUUACAUCUCUGAUAGAGCAGAAGGUAUCAGAACUGGACAAGACAGAGCUUAACAUUGCAGUGACAGGAGAAACAGGUACAGGAAAAUCCACCUUCAUCAAUGCCAUGAGAGGAAUUCGGGACACCGAUGAGGGAGCUGCUAUAGGUUGGAUCAGGGAAACUACAAAAGAGCCGACUGGAUACCGACAUCCCAACCUGCCCAACGUCUGCUACUGGGACCUGCCAGGAAUCGGGUCUAUACAAGUUCCAGCAAGUAGAUAUGUCUGGGAAAUGAAAUUUGAAAGAUAUGAUUUCUUCAUCAUUAUAUCAGCUGGCCGUUUCAAAGAAAAUGACGCAAAACUUGCAAAAGAGAUUAAACGGCUUGGGAAAAAUUUCUAUUUUGUCCGCUCUAAGAUUGAUCAAGAUUUUUAUUCAAUGAGAAUGGAAAGGAAGAAAAUUAAUGAGGAAAAAGUGCUGGAGACUAUUCGGAGUGACUGCAUUAGAAGGUUGAAAGAAGCGGGGAUUCUAAAUCCGACUGUGUUCCUGAUAUCCAGUUUUGAGCAGGAUCAAUAUGAUUUCAAUCAGUUAAGUAAGGCACUUGAAGAUGAUCUGCCAUUUGUAAUGAAAAGUACCUUUGUUCUGGCCUAUCCAAACCGAAAUGUGGAGAUUGUUCGGCAGAAAAGCAAGAUGCUGCGGGAACGUGUCUGGAUGUUGGCAACACUUUCGGGAGCAGUGGGAGCAAUCCCCAUUCCUGGUGUCUCUUUUGCUUGUGAUAUCAGCAUAUUGAUAACGGGAAUAAUCAAUUUCCGUAAAUGUCUGUGUCUGGAUGAAGCUUCUCUUCAAAGACUGGCCAACACCACAAAUAAACCUGUGGAAGAGCUUAAGGCCGUAAUUAAUCCAUCCCUUCUGGGAAAAAUAGAUAAAAAUAUAAUUGUAAGGUUAGGGUGGGGUGCUACAGUUGUUGCCGUUUCAGCUUUGGAAUUUGGUCUUGACUUUAUCCCUGUCAUUGGUUCCAUUUUUGGAGCAGGAUCAUCAUUUGUCAUGACCUACACAAUACUGACCGAUGCACUGAAGGACCUUACAGAGAGUGCAGAGAGGGUGGUGAAGGUUGCAUAUGGCAUUGAUUAACUGGUCAGCACCAACAUCAACACAGUGAGCUAAUGUUAUAGUAACAUAGAAAGCCAACGGCGCAAUGCAGGCACUUCGGCCCACAAAGCUGUGCUGAACAUGUACUUUCCUUAGAAUUUACCUAGGGUUAGUGUAGAAAUAGCAGAGGUUCUGACAGAAAUAUUUCAACUGUCAAUAGAGACGGGGAUAGUGCCAGAGGAUUAGCGUAUUGCUCAUGUGGUUCCAUUGUUCUAAGAGUAAACUUAGCAAUUAACAGCUUGUAAGUUUGACGUCAGUGGUGGGUAAAUUAAUGGAAAGCAUUCUUAAAGAUGGUAUAUAUAAUUAUCUGGAUGGACAGGGUCUGGUUAGGAACAGUCAACAUGGAUUUAUGCAUGGAAGGUCAUGUUUGACAAAUCUUAUUGAAUUUUUUGAAGAGGUUACUAGGAAAGUUGACGAGGGUAAAGCAGUGGAUGUUGUCUAUAUGGACUUCAGUAAGGCCUUUGACAAGGUUCCACAUGGAAGUUUAGAUAGGAAGCUUCAAUUGUUAGGUAUUAAUAAUGAGGUAGUAAAAUGGAUUCAACAGUGGCUGGAUGGGUGAUGCCAGAGAGUAAUGGUGGAUAACUUUUUGUCAGUUUGGAGGCCCAUGACUAGCGGUGUGCUUCAGGGAUCUGUACUGGGUCCAAUGUUGUUUGUCAUUUACAUUAAUGAUCUGGAUGACGGGGUGGUAAAUUGAAUCAGUAAGUAUGCAGAUAAUGCUAAAACAGGUGGCAUUGUGGAUAAUGAAGUAGGUUUUCAAAGUUUGCAGAGAGAUUUAGGCCAGUUAGAAGACUAAGCUGAAAGAUGGAAGAUGGAGUUUAAUGCUGGUAAGUGUGAGGUGCUACAUUUUGGUAGGACUAAUCAAAAUAGGACAUACAUGGUAAAUGGUAGGGCAUUGAGGAAUGCAGUAGAACAGAGUGAUCUAGGAAUAAUGGUGCAUAGUUCCCUGAAGGUGGAAUCUCAUGUGGAUAGGGUGGUGAAGAAAGCUUUUGGUAUGCUGGCCUUUAUAAAUCAGAGCAUUGAGUAUUGGAGUUGGGAUGUAAUGCUAAAAUUGUACAAGACAUUGGUGAGGCCAAAUAUGCAGUAUUGUGUACAGUUCUGGUCACUGGAUUAUAGGAAAGAUGUCAACAAAAUAGAGAGAGUACAGAGGAGAUUUACUAGAAUGUUGCCUGGGUUUCAACACCUAAGUUACUGAGAAAGGUUGAAUAAGUUAGGGCUUUAUUCUUUGGAGUGUAGAAAGUUAAGGGGGGUCUUGAUAGAGGUAUUUAAAAUUGAGGGGGAUAGAUAGAGUUGACAUGGAUUGGCUUUUUCCAUUGAGAGUAGGGGUGAUUCAAAUAGGAGGACAUGAGUUGAGAGUUGAGGGGCAAAAGUUUAGGGGUAACACGAGGGGGAACUUCUUUACUCAGAGAGUGGUAGCUGUGUGGAAUGAGCUUCCAGUAGAAGUAGUAGAGGCAGGCUCAAUUUUGUCAUUUAAAAAAAAUUGGAUAGAUAUAUGGACAGGAAAGGAAUGGAGGGUUAUGGGCUGAAUGCAGGUAGGUAGGACUAGGUGAGAGUAAGUGUUCAGUACGGACUAGAAGGGCGGAGAUGGCCUGUUUCUGUGCUGUAAUGGUUAUGUGCUUACCUAUAGCCCUCUGUUUUUCUAUGCUGUGGUUAAAAUAUUUAAGAGGCCUGUUGCUGGACCCUGCUGUAACUCUACAUGAUAACUCCCUCUUUGAUGCUUUCCUUUCUGAAAUAUUGCUUAUCCAUUUCUGAGGAACACUUGUGCCUGACAGAGGGAGUGCGACUUUGUUAAAGACAUGAAACAGAUGGACUUAGAUGACAUGUGAUCCUAAUUCGAAGAGGAGCCGAGAAGUUAUCUCCAAGCGUUGAAUGAUGCUCACCCGUCAAUCAACAGCCCAGUGUCAGACUGUGUGGACAUUAUAAGGUCACAGUGUAUGCAAUAUUGCUGUGUACAAACUAGUGACUGUGUCUUCCCUUCAAUAUCUGUAAAAGUCUGAUUGUGAAGUCAUAAAAAGGGCAAUGGAAAAGCAUUUCAUGAAUUCAUUUUCUUCCCCUGCUGGGGAAGAUAUAAUUACAAGGUUAGGAUGGGUGCUGCAAUUAUUGAUCUUUCAGCUGUAGAACUUGAUUUGACUUCAUCCCCAUCAUUGGUUCCAUUUUGGAGCAGGAUCAUCAUUUCUCAUGACCUACACAAUACUGACUGACGCACUGAAGGACUUUACAGAGAGCACACAGUGGGUGGUGAAGGUUGAAUUUGACAUUGAUGAGUUAAUAUUAUAAGACCAUAAGAUAUAGCUGCAGAAUUAGGCCAGUUGGCCCAUCGAGUGCUCUCUGCUGUUUCAUCAGGGCUUAUCCAUUUUUUCUCUCAGUCCCAAUCUUCUGCUUUCCCCUGUAUCUCUUCCUGCCGUGACCAAUCAAGAAUCUAUCAAACUUUGCCUUAAGUAUAUAUAAAGACUUGGCCUCCAUGGCUGCCUGUGGUAACAAAUUCACAGAUUAACCACUCUGGCUAAAGAAAUUCCUCCUUGCCUCAAUUCUAAAGUGAUACACCUCUAUUUUGAGGUUGUGUCUCACCAUAGCAAAUAUCCUUUCCACAUCCACUCUAUAAAGGCCUUUCACCAUUCGAAUGAUUUCAAUGAGGUCACCCCUCAUUAUUCUAAAUUCCAGUGAAUACAGGCCCAAAGCCGUCAAACAAUCGUCAUAUGACCAUCUGUUUAAUCCUGGAAUCAUUUUCUUGAACCUCCUUUGACCACUCUUCAGUUUCAGCACAUCCUUUCUAGGGGGCCCAAUCUGUAAACAGUACUCCAAGUGAGGCCUCACCAGUGCUUUAUAAAGUCUCAACAUUACAUCUUUGCUUUCAUAUUCUUGUCAUCUUGAAAUGAAUGCUAACAUUGCAUUUGCCUUCCACACCACUGACUCAACCUGAAAAUUAACCUUUGGGGAAUUCUGCACAAGUACUCCCAAGUCCUUUUAAGGCUCAUAUUUUUGUAUUUUCACUGCAUUUAGAAAAUUGCUUUCCCUUUUAAUUUUUUAUUACAAAGUGCAUGACAAUAAGUUUCCUCUACUUCAACUAUUUGCCACUCCACCUAUCUUCAUAUCACACACAAAUUUGCCACAAAACCGUCAGUUUCAUCAUCCAAAACAUUGACGUAUAACGUAAAGAGAAUCAGUCUCAACACAGACCCCUGUGGAACAGCACUUGUCACCAGCAGCCAACCACAAAAGGAUCACUUUAUUCCCACUCGUUUCCUCCUGCCAAUCAACUACUGUUUCAUCUAUGCUAGAAUAUUUUCUACGAUACUAUGGGAUCUUAACUUCUAAGCUCCCUCUGUGGCACCUUGUUAAAGGUCUGACAAUCAAAGUACACAACAUCCAUCGAUUCUCUUUUGUCUAUCCUGCUUGUUAUUUCCUCAAAGAGUUCCAAAACAUUUGUCGGGCAAGAUCUUCCUUUGCGAACUACAGCCUAUUUUAUCAUGAGCCUUCAAGUACCCCGAAAACACAUCCUUAACAAUCGACUCCGAAAUCUUCCCAACCACUGAGGUUGGGAAGACUAACUAGCCUAUAAUCUCCUCUCUUCUGCCUCUCUCCCUUCUUGAAGAGUGGAGUGACAUUUGCAAUUUUCAGCUUUCCAGAACCAUUCCAGACUUAAUUGAUUCUUGAAGGAUCAUUACUAAUGCUUCCACAAUCUCUUCAGUCACCUCUUUCAGAACCCUAGGGUGUACACCAUCCAGGUGACUUAUCUACCUUUGGACCUUUCAGUUUCCCAAGAAAUUUCGCCCUAAUAGUGGCAACUUCACACUCUUCUGACCCUGACAGUCUCGUGUCUCCAGCAUUACUAGUGGCUUCCACAGUGAAGACUGACACAAAAUACUUACUCAGUUCAUCUGCCAUAUCCUUGCCCCCAUUACUACCUCUCCAGCAUCACUUUCCAUUGGUCUAAUAUCCCCUUUCCGCCUUUUUUUUUUACACUUACUGUAUCUGAAGAAACUUUUGGUAUCCUCUUUCAUAUUAUUGGCUCGCUUAUUUUCAUAUUCCAUCUUUUCCUCCUUAAUUACCUUUUUAGUUGCUAUUCAACAAGUCUGCAAAAGACAAUAAACUACAAAUACAAAAAGAAAGAAAUAUUAAAACAAUUAUCAACAUAAGAUAAAGAAUCACUAAUAGUGAGCCAAUAGGCUGUGAGACCAUCUCAAUGAUUGGGCAAGUGAAGCUAAGUGAAGUUAUCCGUUUUAGUUCAAGAACCUGAUGUUUUCUCCUGUACUUUCUUCCUGACAGCAGCAGUGAGAAGAGAGCAUGUUCUGGGUGGUUGUGGUCCCAGAUGAUGGAUGCUGCUAUCCUGCGACAACACUGUGUUAGAUGUACUCAGUGGUGGGGAGGGCUUUUGCUGUGUUGGAUUGGGUCAUAUCCACUACUUUGUGUAGGAUUUCCCAUUCAAGCGUAUUGUUAUUUCCAUACCAGGCUGUGAUGUGGCCAGUCAAUACACACCACCACAUAUCUAUAGAAGUUUAUAUCUAUAGACCUUACAUGGACCUAUGUUGAUUUGUUGUGUUUUUAGCCAAUUGAACAGUCAAGGAGAGUGGUUCCCGAAGUGGGUGACAUCGUGCCAGUGGGGGCAGUGGAGGUUUAUAAGUGGGUGAUAAAGGGGGCAUUGUGGGGAGGGGCACUUGGUAGCAAGGGAGAGCAACUGAAGGAUUACAGUCUUAAUUUCAAGUCGUACCUGCUUUUAUUCCCAAGUCUUUUUUGAUUCUUUAGAUUCAAUUCUUUCUUCUUGUAUAUGGAAGAACGGAAAACCCCAUUUAAAUAAAGCCCACCUUCAAAAAUUUAAAAAGAUUGGAGGCUGCGCUCUACCCAAUUUUAUGUUAUAUUGCUUAGCAAUUAACAUAUGAAAUUGUACUUUCUGGUUAUAUUAUAUUAAUUGUGAGGAUUGUCCAAUAUGGUUCUUUUUGGAAGCCAACUCUUACGUAAUUUUCUAUUACUUCUCUUCUUGGAUCCUCUCUUCCUUUAUCUUUAAAUAAAUUAACUGACAGUUUGGUGGUUAAACACACUUUGAGGAUCGGGUUACAGUUUAGAAAACAUUUGGUUUAUUGAGAUUUUCCCUUUCUAGUCCUAUUUUUUCUAAUUAUUUUUAAACCAUUUACGACCGACCUGCUUUUUAGAGAAUGGGAUAGAUUAGGCAUUAAACGAUUUCAGGAUUCGUUUCUUCAAGGAAAUCUUUCUUCUUUUGAGCAGCUCUCAGUGAAAUAUAACCUUUCGAAUACCCACUUUUUUCAAUAUCUACAGAUUAGAGAUUUUUUAAGAUCUAAACUACAUCUAUUUCCUACCAGCCCAGGUAAGAACAUAAUAGAUGUAAUUUUUAAUUUGAAACGUUUUGAUAAUGGCUUAAUAUCUUAUAUUUAUGGUCUGUUGUUGGGAUUGAGAAUGGAUCCUUUUGAUAAAAUUAAUAAAGAUUGGGAAAAGGAUCUACAGACUUCAUUAUCUAAUGAGACCUGGAGGGCUAUUUUCAAAAUGGUUAAUUCUUCAUCAUGUGCCCAUCAUUCCCUCCUACAACUUAAAGUGGUACAUAGGCUCAUAUGUCUAAAGACAAGCUCUCUCAUUUUUUUUCAGAUCUAUCUACUUAUUGUGACAUAUAAUAAUGGAGAGGCUUCAUUAAUUCAUAGGUUUUGGUCAUGUUUGAGCCUUGAAAAAUAUUGGGAAGAUGUAUUCCAAACUGUUUCUGUACUUUUUAAAGUUAGUUUUAAGCCCAGUCCUUUGACAGCCUUAUCCAGAUUCAGAUUCAGUUUAUUGUCAUUCAGAAACCACAGAUGCAAUGCAGUUAAAAAAUGAGACAAAGUUCCUCCAGAAUGAUACCACAAAAGCAUAUGACAAAACAGACUACACCAGAAAAUCCACAUAACAUUUGGCAAUCCCUAAACCAGAGUCCAGAGAGGCUGCUGCAUAUUAAUAUUGUGCUACCAUCUUAGCACGUUUUCCAGAAAGGAGCUCCAAACCUACCAGACAAAACAAGACCAAAAACUAAAGCUACAAGACCUGCACAAAAUCACAUAGUUACAUCAGUGCAAACAAUAGCAUAAUUGAUAAAAAAAAACAGACCAUGGGCACAGUAAAAAUAGUCCAAAGAUGUUAAAAGACUAUAAGUUCGAAAGCAACCACCACAGUUUCCACAAGUCCUCAGGGUCGUGAUUAACUCGUCAUCUCACGCCGGCGGCAGAAGGGAAUACCCCUGCUAUGGGCUUCCAUGGUGCCGUCCGACCCAGCCUCACAUUCACAGCACACAAUGAAAGCGACCUGACCGCAGUGGAUUCCGAGUCCAUCAAACCUCCAACCAACCCCCCGGUACAGCUUUGCUGAGCGUGUUAAGACGCCCCUGCCAACGGCCAUCGGCAACGUGAACCCGAGGACUGGGGCCUAUUCUUCCCAGCAGAGACCCGGACCUCACAGCAGCAGCAGCAACGAAGAAGGUCUUUCUGGAGAUUUCCAGAUGUUCCCCAUGCUCCCACAUCCGUUUUCAACCGAUUAUGAUCGCACACAGCACCCCACUUCACAAAUAACAGAUAAUCAGCUCCAGAGUGGCCACUGCAAGCUGCGUCACACCGCCAUCUUGGAUCUUCUUUGUAUUCUUUGGUAUUGUUGAGGAAAGAACUAUAAUUUUAGAGCCUUUUCAUUUGCCUGUACUGGCUUUUAUUUCUCUCACGGCUAGGAGGGCAAUCUUGUUUAAAUGGAAGGAGGUUCCCCCCCCACACACACACAUGCUCAAUGUUUAUGCAAUGUUAUGUCAUGUUUAAAUUUAGAGAAGAUUCGUUGUUCGAUUUCUGAUUCUAACCAAGAUUUUCAAACGCUAUAUGGACCCUUUCUGAACUAUUUUAAAAAUCUUUGAAUUGUUAUUGUUAUUAAAAUAUAGAUCUGGGCUAUUAUUUUAAAACAUCAUAUGGUAAAGUACUAUUUUUUUUCUUGAUUUUUUUACAGCACAGAAACAGGCCUUUUGGCCCUUAUUGGCUAUGCCGAACCAUUUUUCUGCCUAGUCCCACUGACCUGCACAUAGACCACAUCCCUCCAUACACCUCUCAUCCAUGUACCUGUCCAAAUUUUUCUUAAAUGUUAAAAGUGAGCCCACAUUUACCAUUUCAUCUGGAAGCUCAUUCCACACUCCCACUACUCUCUGUGUGAAGAAGCCCCCCCUAAUGUUCCCUUUAAACUUUUCCCCCUUCACCCUUAACCUAUGCCUUCUGGUUUUUUUCUCCCCUACCCUCAGCGGAAAAAGCCUGCUUGCAUUCACUCUAUCUAUACCCAUCAUAAUUUUAUAUACUUCUAUCAAAUCUUCCCUCAUUUUUCUACACUCCAGGGAAUAAUGUCCUAACCUAUUCAACCUUUCUUUGUAACUCAGUUUCUCAAGUCCCAGCAACAUCCUUGUAAACCUUUUCUGCACUCUUUCAACCUUAUUAAUAUCCUUCCUGUAAUUUGGUGACCAAAACUGCACACAAUACUCCAACCGGCCUCACCAAUGUCUUACACAACCUCACCAUAACAUUCCAACUCUUAUACUCAAUACUUUGAUUUAGAAAGGCCAAUGUAACAAAAGCUCUCUUUACUACCCUAUCUAGCUGUGAUGCUACUUUUAGGGAAUUUUGUAUCUGUACUCCCAGAUCCCUCUGUUCUACUGCACUCCUCAGUGCCCUUCCAUUAAACUUGUAUGUUCUACCUUGGUUUUUCCUUCCAAAGUACAUUAUGAAUUCUGUAUUUGUGUAUAUGAAAUGUAAUAAAAAAUAAAAAAA